AUGACCAUCAAAUUUCGAGACCUCGAAUUUCGAUCCUCCCGUCAUCUCCGUCGCCCAAUCAACCAGUCUCUGGUCGUCCAAGGAUUCGGAGUGUCGAAAGUGCUCGACUCGGAUAACCCGAAUUUCAAACCUGGGGAUAUAGUCUCUGGUUUUACAGGUUGGGAAGAGUACAGUUUAAUUCAUGAAGCACCACAGUUGAGAAAAGUGGAGCCAAAUGACUUGCCAUUGUCAUAUUACAUAGGUCUCCUCGGCAUGCCGGGCUUCACGGCUUAUGUUGGGUUUUACGAGGUUUGUGCUCCUAAGAAAAACGAGUUUGUGUUUGUGUCGGCUGCAUCUGGGGCCGUGGGGCAGCUCGUUGGCCAGCUAGCUAAGUUACACGGGUGCUAUGUGGUUGGAAGUGCAGGGACCAGUCAGAAAGUGGAUCUACUCAAAGAUAAGCUUGGAUUUGAUGAUGCUUUCAACUACAGAGAAGAACCUGAUCUUGAUGCAGCUCUCAAAAGAUGUUUUCCACAAGGGAUUGACAUUUACUUUGAGAAUGUGGGUGGGCCUAUGCUCGAGGCCGUGCUACUCAACAUGAGGUUUCACGGCCGCAUAGCCGUAUGUGGAAUGGUCUCCCAACACGGGACAUACGAUCCACAAGGGAUCAAAAAUUUAUUCAGCCUCGUAUCGAAGCGCGUGCGGAUGCAGGGCUUUCUCCAAAGUGAUUACUUGCAUUUGUUCUCGAGGUUUCUUGAGGAUGUUACGGGUCUUUACAAGCAAGGGAAGAUAAUGUACUUAGAGAACAUGAAUGAAGGGUUGGAGAGCGGGCCUUCUGCGUUUGUUGGCUUGUUUUCGGGUAAAAAUGUGGGCAAGCAGGUUAUACGUGUUGCUAGUGAGUGA